AAACCAGGCAGCAAUAGAAAAUGACUGAACAAAAAACUCUUUCGAUUUCAUGGUUUUACUAUGUUCCAGACAACGAAACUCAUUUUGUCCUCAGUCCUCAGUCUUACAAUAUAUAAUUUCUGACAUCAGAAUCGCAAAAAAUGCACGCUUGGCUGAUCGACGAGGCGGCGCUGGCAGAGCAAGGCCGCAAAUCGCUCGCCCAGCAGACACCGAACGUGCCUGUGAGCGGCGAGGCCCUGGUUGAGCUGGGCGUGCUGCACUGGCACUUUGACCCUGCGACCGAAAUGUCCAAGGUCGAUGCACUGCGCAAGGAGCGGAGCUACAGCAGCGGCGACGAGGUCAACAUCACACCGGCAGGAAUCCCAAAGGAAAAGCACGAGCAGUUCUUCCAAGAGCACUUGCACGACGACGAGGAAAUCCGAUACAUGCUGGAAGGCAGCGGGUUUUUCGAUGUGCGAGACCGUCAAGACCGAUGGGUCCGUAUCCAUCUGACUCGAGGCGAUUUGAUCAUUCUGCCUGCAGGCAUCUAUCAUCGAUUCACUCUGGAUGUGUCCGACUUUGUGCAUGUCAUGCGCCUGUUCAAGGACGAACCCGUGUGGACGGCGAUUUCCCGCCCGGCCGAUGAUCGCGCGGUUCGCAAGGCCUAUCUGCAAUCGCUGAAAGUCUGAGAGCAAGUGGGAGUUGGGGGGCUAUUGUAACAUUUUGUCGAUUGCAUUGGUGCUUUCAAGUUUAUCAAUGAAAACCUUCACGUUCGA